UUGGUGGUGGUGCUAUAUGGGUCCUCAUAUAAUUAUCAUUAUUCUUUGUUAGUGUAAUUUGAUUAGAGGUUUUGUUUUGAUGGGCUAUGGUGGGAUUCAGGGAAUUAUGGUUCUGAUGGAGAUGAGAAUAAGGUUUGUUUCACCAGCUCUGGUUUCUUGACGUGUGUGUGUUUGAAUGCUUUCCUGGUUUUAGCACAUAAGCAUAAAGAAUUAAAGUUUGAAUCUUUAUUCAGCUUUGUGAGACUAGUUUGUUGUUGUGGUUGUGAAUGGGAUUGAGGAGAUUUGGUGUCUCAAACUGUGUAUUAGUAUUAAGAUUGUUUGAGGUGCACCAAGUUUGUUGUGACCCUUCUCAGUUUGAGGAGGAGGAGGAGGAGAAGAAGAAGAUUAAGGAAGUGGUUUUGUGGGCAUAAGAGGUUUAGUUCUUGGUGUUUUGGGAGUUACUGGGAAGGACAUAAUGGAGGAGGAGGCUUAUUCAUGGAUUAGGAGAACGAAAUUCUCCCAUCGGUUUGAUUCGCAUCGUCAUGAUGAUUCAAGAUUGGCCUCAAUUCCUUUAACCUUUCUAGAUUUUCAGAAAGAGCAGAAGAUGGCAGGGUUGAAGUCAAGGCCUGUAGCAGCAGCAGCUCCUACUAGGCAGAAGUCGACCCCCAGUAAUUCAACGAUUCGGAGGAACAGUUGUGUGUCUUCACCUACUAGGCAGAAGUCGAGCCCCAGUAAUUCAAUGGUUCGGAGGAACAGUCGUGUGUCUUCACCUAUUGGUCGACCUCUAACUGUCAACAAGCAGAGAUCUUUGUCUCCUUUGCCGCAGAGCAACCUUAGUGAUGUGUUUAAGGAAGCUCAGACCGAAACAAAGAGGUUUUCAACACCACACCCUAGGAGAAUACAAUCAGAUAAGGGAAUUAUGGGAAAGUUGUUCAGGAAGGAAUCACAUGCCAAGGGAUCACAUCUGGCGCAUUCAAAUUCGAAUACUAGCCCUCUCAGGCACUUGGCUUCAAUGAAAGUCAGUGAUAAGUCAUGCAAAUCAAAGAGGAAGGAAUCUCCUUGGGCCAAGUAUUUUGAUCAUGGAGGUGGGAGAGUUAAUGCGGUGGAUGCUGCAGAUGAAUAUAGUGUUGAUUUGUCAAAGUUGUUUCUUGGUCUUAAGUUUGCUCAUGGAGCUCAUAGCAGGCUUUAUCAUGGGAUUUACAAUGAGGAAGCUGUCGCAGUUAAGAUCAUCAGGGUACCGGAAGAUGAUGAAGGUGGAGAGUUGGCAGCUCGAUUGGAGAAACAAUUUAACAAAGAGGUCAAUCUUCUUUCUCGCCUCCACCAUACAAAUGUCAUAAAGUUCGUUGCAGCUUGCCGAAAGCCUCCUGUUUAUUGUGUGGUCACAGAAUAUUUAGAUGAGGGUUCCUUGAGGGCUUACUUGCACAAACUUGAGUGCAAAUCUCUUCCUCUAGAGAAGCUAAUUGCCAUUGCCUUGGACAUUGCACGGGGGAUGGAAUACAUCCACUCACAAGGAGUCAUUCACCGGGACCUCAAGCCUGAGAAUGUUCUUAUUGAUAAAGACUUUAGGCUGAAAAUUGCUGAUUUUGGCAUAGCAUGUGAGGAGGUAUACUGUGAUUCGAUGGCUGAUGACCCUGGAACUUACCGUUGGAUGGCCCCUGAGAUGAUUAAGCGCAAAUCCUAUGGGCGAAAGGUCGAUGUCUACAGUUUCGGACUCCUUUUGUGGGAACUAGUAGCUGGAACAAUCCCUUACGAGGAAAUGAAUCCCAUUCAAGCUGCUUUUGCAGUUGUGAAUAAGAAUUUGAGGCCAGUUAUUCCAAAGGGCUGUCCACCUGCUAUGCGAGCCUUGAUCGAGCAAUGCUGGUCGUUGCAGCCAGAUAAAAGACCCGAGUUUUGGCAGGUUGUAAAGGUGUUAGAACAGUUUGAGUCUUCCCUUGCCCAAGAUGGAACACUGACACUUGUACAGAAUUUGACUUGCCAAGAUCAUAAGAAGAGGAUGCUUCACUGGAUCCAAAAGCUUGGUCAGCAUCCAAAUAGUUCACCCAAGCUUGGCCAGCAUCCACAUAGUACACCCAUGCCUAAACCCAAGUUCUCUUAAGUGUGUUUCUUAUGACCUGCUUUUGUAGUGGUACCGGGUCAAAUUGUAAUUAAAGAAAGGUUCGUUUUCUAAGCCUUUUUAUUUGUAUUCCUCCUAUGUCACAUUCAUGUGGAACAGUUUGAAAGUGAUUAAUAGCAAUUGGUAGGCAUGCUUUAAAGUAAAGCAAA